AAGGAUCAUGCUUCCCUCUUCCUCUCCAAACCUCCAUUUCCCCUCUUUCUUCUAAGCAGUUUCGUAGCCCAAGGCUGUACAGGAAAAGUAGAUGCCAAGUUUGCAGUCUCACCUGUCUCUUCCUCCAGAGCUCAGGGUCUGAGGGGCCGACCUCUGUGGAGAACUCAUUGUGUGUGUGUUGUGUGGAGGAGAGGCCUAGGGGAAUACAGAACUAGGGUGUAAUAUCAGUAGACUAUUGCUACUUAUGUACCCUCCUCCGCCAUCCAAUUAGAUUUGCUUUAUGUGUUAUUUCUCAAGACAAAACUUCUGCUUGUCUCUGUAAACAGACUGCCAGGAUUUCGAUAGAAUAUUAUUUGGAGAAGGUGUCAUGGAAGUUCUGCGCCCACAGCUUAUAACAAUUGAUGGACGAAAUUACAGGAAGAACCCUAUCCAAGAGAAGACUUACCAACAUGAGGAAGAUGACGAAGAUUUCUAUCAAGAUGCCAUGGAGUAUGCUGAUGAGCCCUGUGAUGCCUAUGAGGUGGAGCAGACCCCGCAAGGAUUCCGGUCAACCGUGAGUGCUCCCAGCCUGCUCUACAAGCAUAUAGUUGGAAAGAGAGGGGACACUAGGAAGAAAAUAGAAAUGGAGACCAAAACUUCUAUUAGCAUCCCUAAACCUGGACAAGAGGGAGAAAUUGUGAUCACUGGCCAGCAUCGAAAUGGUGUAAUUUCAGCCCGAACUCGGAUUGAUGUUCUUUUGGACACUUUUAGAAGAAAACAGCCCUUCACUCACUUUCUUGCCUUUUUCCUCAAUGAAACUGAAGUUCAAGAAGGAUUCCUGAAGUUCCAGGAAGAAGUGCUGGAAAAGUGUUCCAUGGAUCGUGGGGUUGAUAGCUCCAUUUUCCAGAAUUCCAAGAAACUUCACCUAACUAUUGGGAUGUUGGUGCUUUUGAGUGAGCAAGAGAUCCAGCAGACAUGUGAGAUGCUACAGCGCUGUAAGGAGGAGUUUAUUAAUGACAUUUCUGGGGGCAAACCCUUGGAAGUAGAGAUGGCCGGAAUAGAAUACAUGAAUGAUGAUCCUGGCAUGGUGGAUGUUCUUUAUGCCAAAGUCCAUAUGAAAGAUGGCUCCAACAGGCUGCAGGAAUUAGUUGAUAGAGUGCUGGAACGCUUUCAGGCUUCUGGACUAACAGUGAAAGAGUGGAAUAGUGUGAAACUGCAUGCUACAGUCAUGAAUACCCUGUUCAGGAAAGACCCCAACGCUGAAGGCAGGUACAAUCUCUACACAGCGGAUGGCAAAUAUAUCUUUAAAGAAAGAGAGUCAUUUGAUGGCCGGAACAUUUUAAAGGAUUUCAAGGCACUGGGUUUCCUACUCUGGAAGUUUCUCCUUUCUGCUGUGUUGUUUGAGAACUUCUACUUUGGUUCCCUAAAGCUCAAUUCCAUUCACAUCUCUCAGAGGUUCACGGUAGACAGCUUUGGAAACUAUGCCUCCUGUGGACAAAUUGACUUCUCCUGAGGUGGAUCUUGGGAAGCUCUGGAAACUGAACAUCUCAUGAGGGCAGCAGCAAGGAAAUGAUGAUAUCAGCAGACUGUGCGGAGUAUGCUGGAAGAAUGUCCUCGGAGGAAGGCGCCUGCUUCUUUCAGCAGAGCAACAGAGGGAGGGGUGCCCCCAGCAUGGCUUGCCAGCUGUCCCAUCAGUCCUCCCAGGUGCUCUGCUGGGGAGCUCCAGUCCUCCUCCCUCAUUACAGUCUUUCUCCCUACAUGUCCCCUCCUUCCUCGUUUCUUCUUUCCUUAAUCUUGAUUUUUAUUUUCCGUUCUGUAAGUCUCAAACCUGUGUGUCUGGGGAGCUACUUUGUGAGGACUGUGUCUAACCACAUUCAAGGAUCUAUCAGUGGGAUUGCACAGGUCAUUUGUGAAUAAAUGAAUUUGCAAAGUAA